GUAAGGUUGGCAGCGUAUCUAGGCUCUGGAAGCUUCAAGUCAAAUUAGAUGUUGGCAGUAAAUUGUGAAAAUGGUGCGUUAUCGAAUUGAACUUGAUGUUGACUAGCAAACAUAUAUAAAGUCAUUGAAAGUAAAAUAUCCAAACUUAUUGGAUAUUUUUAAUAUAAUAUAAAAGAGUUAUUACGUUUAUAUACAUAAAAAAAGGGAAAGAAACGGUAAAUCAGCAAGCAUCAGACAGUAUGGAAGGUGAAGACGCGAUGCGAUUUUUUAUUGAGAAUCCGGCCCCUUCUACUUUAGUCGAUGUGGAAAAUAAGGUUAAUAAAUUCAUUGAUUUGCAGCCUAAGGAUAGAAACAUCGUUUUAGUCACCAGCGGAGGAACUUUAGUUCCUCUGGAAAAGAACAUGGUUCGGUAUAUAGACAAUUUUAGUGCGGGAAACCGGGGGGCUGCAUCUGCUGAGUACUUUUGUAAAUCAGGGUAUGCUGUAAUUUUCCUCUAUAGGAAUUAUGGUAUGAAGCCUUUUGUUCGACACUUUGAAGGACCAUGGACAGGUAUCUUUACUAAAAAGAGUGUCGGAUCUUCUUCAUCUUGGGAAAUUAAAGAUUCUCUGAGGAAUGUGUUGAAUAAUUCACUUGAAAACUUGGAGCUCAUGAAUGAGCGGAAUCAGUUACUCUGUCUACCAUAUACGACGCUUACUGAAUACGUAUGGUAUCUGAGAACUGUAGCAGAAUGCUUAAAAUGUAUAAGAUCAAGAGCUUUAUUCUAUUUGGCGGCUGCUGUUAGCGAUUUCCAUAUACCUUCACAAGAUAUGAGUGAACACAAAAUCCAAAGUGGGGCUGGAAAAGAUAAACUUGAACUCACUAUGCGCCCCGUCCCAAAGUUUCUUCGAUAUUUGGUAGAUUCUUGGGCACCAGAGGCUCUCAUUAUUUCGUUUAAACUAGAGACUGACGAGAACAUUUUGAUCGAUAAGGCUAGGACUGCUUUACACCGCUAUAAUCAUCAGCUAGUCAUUGCUAACUUGUUAUCGACUCGGAGAAGGUCAGUUGCGUUUGUCACACUUGAUUCUGUUGCAUGGUUGCAUCUUUCUGACGAGGAUUUAAGAAACGGCGUUGAAAUUGAAGAUUACAUCGUUUCUCGGUGUGUUCAAUUGCAUAAAGCAGCUUAAUGUGAACGUUAGUUCUGACAAUGUACAAUAUUUCACGAAAGUACCGCUUCGUACUUCUACUCUAGAAAGUAAAUGUCGUUUUUGUAAGUUAACGACAAUAAAAAGUAUGCUCAAGGUAAAAAUUGAUUAAGGGAUAGAACUAUAAGUAACUUCUUAAUUAAUUAAAAGGUCAGUCAGCCA